UCUAUCUAUCUAUCUAUCUAUCUAUCUAUGUUUUGAAUAUUUUCAUGUGAUGCUUUGUCUGGUUUGUCAGCAAUGGAUGUAUUAAAUGUCAGCUAGACAUUUCACCUCUUUCAGAGAUAUAUAGUAGGCCUAUGCCUUUUUACUGCAUUACCCACAUUCCCCCUUUUUUUUACCCACACGACCUUGUUUCCAACAUGGAUGCCGAAAAAAACAAAAACUCCACACACAUCGCUGUUUGUUGCUGAAGAACAAAUCAAACCAUAUCCUUUGGCACAUCGUGACUAGUUUUCCACAGUCUAGGUGGACUGUCGUCUUAUUGUCAAGCUUAACUAUUUCUUAUUCUUAUAUUUUCUACGACGACGCGGCACAUUUUCUACAAACAUUACAAGACAUUACGAAAACCGACGCAGGCAAAGAACUUAACACUAAUUUUGUGUUUUAAAAUGUCUCUGGUACCUCAAGCAUGGACAGUUUAUGUGAGUACAUACUGUUGACGUACUAAAAUAAUGUUUAAAAAAAAACGAAAACCGACGCGGAAUGGCGUCUGCUAGGGGCCCGGGAAGCUGAAUAACAUCAACAUAUCCUCGAAUAGAAUAUGGCUGUCGAAUCAGAGUGGGAGCAGCGUUCCCUACAACCAAUCACCGUGUCUGAAGUAUGAGUAGGCGGGUGCAUCGCGUGGAGGAUUCUGGUGUCAUACAUGUUCCCGGCGUGUGGCUAUCACGAAGCGUUUCCUGCACUGGUGCAUGGUGGUCGAACAGGAGGAAUUGUAGGAAAUUUUCGGAGCAGCUAAAACAUGCUGUUGGCCCAGAUAAACCGGGACUCCCAGGGAAUGGCAGAGUUUCACGAUGCAGAUGGGCAGCCAGUCACGCUCUGUUUGACAGAGGCAGUGACCGUGGCAGAUGGUGAUCAGAUGGAGAGUAUGGACACGGUGAGCCUGCAGGCUGUUACUCUUGCAGAUGGAUCCACUGCAUACAUCCAACACGACUCUAAGGGUUCCUAUUCAGAUGGACAGAUCAUGGAUGGCCAGGUGAUCCAGCUGGAGGACGGCUCUGCUGCCUACGUUCAGCAUGUGUCGAUGCCUAAAGGAGAUAACAGUUUACAGCUUGAAGACGGACAAGCGGUUCAGCUAGAAGAUGGAACAACAGCCUUCAUUCACACACCCAAAGAUACAUAUGACCAGGGCGGCCUGCAGGAGGUGCAGCUGGAGGACGGCAGCACCGCCUACAUCCAGCACACAGUGCACAUGCCCCAGUCCAACACCAUCCUGGCCAUCCAGGCUGAUGGCACCAUUGCAGAUCUGCAGGCAGAGGCCACGGCCAUUGACCCGGAGACCAUCAGCGUGCUGGAACAGUACACCACCAAGGUGGAGAAUAUAGAGAACUCCUUGGGGUCCUUCGGCAGAGUGGAAGCAGACAAUGGCGUCCACAUGCGGAUUGUGUUACAGGGUCAAGACAACAGGUCGGGAAGGGCCUCAAACGUAGGAGAGAAGUCUUUCCGCUGUGAUUACGAGGGCUGUGGAAAGCUCUACACCACUGCCCACCAUCUCAAGGUACACGAGCGCUCCCACACUGGAGACAAACCCUACAUCUGUGACUAUCCUGGCUGUGGGAAGAAGUUUGCAACAGGGUAUGGACUGAAGAGUCACUCACGCACACACACUGGGGAGAAGCCAUAUAGAUGUCAAGAGUUAAACUGCUGCAAGUCUUUCAAAACCUCCGGAGACCUUCAGAAGCAUACAAGAACUCAUACAGGAGAGAAGCCUUUCAAAUGCCCGGUCGAAGGCUGCGGCAGGUCGUUUACCACCUCCAACAUCCGCAAAGUUCACAUCCGAACACACACAGGGGAGCGGCCGUACUACUGCUCUGAGCCAAGCUGUGGACGGUCAUUCGCCAGUGCCACCAACUACAAGAACCAUAUGAGGAUACACACUGGAGAGAAACCUUAUGUCUGCACGGUGCCUGGCUGUGAAAAGCGCUUCACAGAAUACUCCAGCCUUUACAAACACCAUGUGGUUCAUACACCCUGCAAACCUUACAACUGCAACCAUUGUGGGAAAACCUACAAGCAGAUCUCAACGCUCGCCAUGCACAAACGCACAGCGCACAAUGACACAGAGCCCAUCGAGGAGGAGCAGGAGGCCUACUUUGAACCCCCAACAGAUGCCAUUGAUGACCCCAAUGUCAGCUACACGACAGCGGUGGUUGAGGCAGACGACUCCGGCUCAGAGCAGGUUCCCGUGGAGAGCUCGGACAUGAUUGGCCAGCAGCAUGUUGCCUUGGUAACGCAGGAAGACGGAACACAGCAGCAGGUCAGUAUCUCUGAGGCAGACUUACAAGCUAUGGGUGGCACAAUCACCAUGGUAACCCAAGAAGGCACCACCAUAACCAUCCCAGCCCAUGAACUGGCAACGCAAGGUGGACACUCGGUUACCAUGGUAACAACAGACGGCUCAGAUGAACAGGUGGCCAUCAUGACACCGGACAUGGCCGCGUUCCAAACUGUAGAGGAGGCAGGCUACAGCCAAGAGCAAGAUGAUCUUCAUCCUGUCACGUUACUGGCCACCUCCAACGGCACUCACAUUGCUGUGCAGCUCAGUGAUCAGCCUUCGCUGGAGGAAGCCAUCAGAAUAGCAUCAAGAAUACAGCAAGGAGAAUCACCGGGCCUGGAUGAUUGAUUACGGACUAUGAUUUAGGAUGAAAACAAUCUGAAUUGGACUAUAUCAACAAAAGAAAUCACGAGUCUUCCUCCAUGAUUUUUUUCCACAAAAGAACUUAGCUUUUAUGUGUACAUAGGAUUUUGAUAACUGGAGUUCUGCUAUGCUAUUUUGUCCCUCAACCAAAAAGACGGGAGAGGAUAAAAUGCUUUCUAAUGUUUAUGGUGCACAAUGCAGUGUACAGCUAAUGCUAUUUCUAAUAAAAAAAAAAA